AUGUAUCCUUAUUCAGGAUACUCAAAUAUUAAUUCAAAUCAACAACAACAACCAUCAUCACAACAACAACAACAAUCUCCAAAUACUAGUAAUAGACAACAACAACAACAACUGCAACUGCAACUGCAACAACAACAUUAUAUGAAUACUUCAACAAAUCCAACUUCUUAUUUUGGUAGAAAUUUAACUGGUUCAACAUCAUCUCAACAAUCAAAUUCUUCAAAUUCUUCAAAUUCAAGAGGUGUACCACCUUUAAGUCAUUCAAAUGUUCAAAUUCCUCCUCGCUCAAAUUAUGGUAUUCAAUCAUUAAGUGGAUUAGGAACUCAUCCAAGUAGUUAUCAAUUAGGUCAACAUAAUCAACUUCAUAAUCAAUUAAAUCAACAACAAUUAAAUAAUACAAAUUAUUAUAAUCCUUCUUCAAAUCAUCAAUCUCAUAAUUCAACUCCUCAAAUUUUUAAUAAUCAAUUACAUAAUACAACUACUAAUAAUGAUCAUCCUCAACAAUUAGAUCCAAAACAACUACAAAAAUUUACAAGUGGUCAACAACAACAACAACAACAAUAUCCUCAAUUUUAUCAACAAUUACAUCAACAACAACAGCAACAACAACAACAACCAAGUUUUUCGUCGGCUCAGCAACAACCACAACAACAACAACCACAACGUCUUCCUCAACCUACUCAACCACCAAAAGUUUCACCUCAAUUACCAAAAGAAAAAAAAAUAGAAUCUACUAAAUCUUCAACUUCAGAAGAAACCACCAAAAAACCAAGAAAACCAAGAGCAACUAAAAAAGAAAUGGAAGAAAAAAGAAGAUUAUUAUUAGAAAAAGAAAGAAUUAGAUUACAACAAGAACAACAACAACAACAACACUCACAAUCAAGUGGUAAUACUACUACAAAAAUUAGUCCAAUAGUAAAAGAAUCUUCAACAACUGAUUCAAAUGGUAAAAAAAGAAGAGGCCGUCCAAAAAAAUUUAUUUUAGAUCCAUCAACUAAUAAAAUGAUUGAUUCAACUCAUCCAAAUUUUAAACAAUUAAAUAAAAUAAUUAGAGAUAAUAAUGUUGGUAAUGAUUCAACCACCACCACUACCGGACAAGCUCAAGAAUUUUAUAAUACCACUAAUUCAACAAAUUCAACAAAUCCAAAGAAUUUAAAUCAUCCAGCUUCAGUUACAAAUGUUAAUGAUGUUGAAUUUCAACAAUUAUUGAAAAAAAAAGAUAGAAGAGGUAGACCUAGAAAAUUUCCAGUUGAACAAACUGGUAUAACUAUAAAAGGUGUUAAAAUUAAUGGUGGUGUUAAAAAAUAA